ACAAAAUGUGUAGGUUUUCGAAUCUGCUUUUCAGAGCCUUUCUGGCCCAGCUCAGAGAGGCUGAAGUAUGAAGCUCCUGAGAGUCCAGGGGUGUUUCAGCUUUUCUCUGGUGAUAUUUGUUGCUCUGAGCUUCGGGCAAGUCCUGGGGAGCCUCAUGGCCCACAGAGAGCUUCCAGUGACCUGCUUCUCCAUCCGCUCAACCAUUGUGUCCCACUAUGCCCACACCCAGGUUGUGUCUGUUAUGACCAACCCACACUUGGAGGCCCAGGAAGCCAUCUUUGACCUGGAUCUGCCUGGCCUGGCCUUCAUUUCCAACUUAACCAUGAUCAUCAAUGGCAAAGUCUACACAGCUGAAGUCAAAGAGAAGCACCAGGCUAAGAAAAUGUACGAGGAAGCCAAGAAACAAGGGUGGACCACUGCCCAUGCGGCCAGCCAAGAUGACGAGGUCAAGAAGUUCAAAAUUUCCACAAGUGUAGCUGUGGGUGGAGAGGUAACAUAUUUCUUGACCUGUGAAGAAUUGCUCCCUCGCCUCCUGGGAAAACACCAGCAUGCUGUGAGUGUCAGACCUGGCCGUGUACCAAAUCUCAGUGUGGAAGUGACUGUGUCAGAGAGGACAGGCAUUGACUACAUCCAUGUGCUGCCUGUGAGAACCAGCCAGAUGCUGACCAACGCCGUUAGAGGUGAGACUGACUUGCCAACAUCCACCAGGAUUGAAAAGAAGGAGACCUGCGCACGGAUCACCUUCACACCAACACCAAGUGAACAAGCUGCCUACUCCAGCCAGGGCAUUGUGGGGGACUUUGUGAUUCAAUAUGAUGUGACUAUGAAGGACGUCAUUGGUAAUGUGCAGAUCUACAAUGGCUAUUUUGUUCACUAUUUUGCCCCCAGAGGCCUACCUCAUAUGCAGAAAAACAUCAUCUUUGUUAUCAAUGUCAGUGGCUCUAUGACUGGAACAAAACUGAAACAGACUAAGAAGGCUAUGCAUGUGAUCCUGGGGGACCUGUACCCAGAGGACUAUUUCAACAUCGUGACCUUCUCUGACACUGUCCACUUCUGGAAGGCUGCUGGUUCCAUUCAGGCCAUACCCCCAAACAUACAAAGGGCCAAGGCCUACGUUGGCAGAAUGGAGGUGGGCAGAUGGACAGACAUGAAUGCAGCUCUCCUGGCAGCAGCCUCCAUACUGAACCGGAGCAUUGCAGGGCCCUCAGGAGAGGCUCGCCUGGUCAUCUUCCUCACGGAUGGGGAGCCCACAGCAGGAGUGACCUCACCUACCCACAUCCGACAGGCAGCCCUGUUUGGCCUAGCUUUGGGUGACGAUGCCAACCUGCCCCUUCUACGUCGCCUCUCACUGGAGAACCGAGGCACAGUCCAUUGCAUCCAAGAGGACCAGGAUGCUGCCCUGCAGCUCAAAGGCUUCUAUGACCGCAUCGCCUCCCCUCUGCUGUCUGACAUCCGCUUCCACUACCAGGCCAGGCAAGCUGGGAGGGCCAAACCAGCAGGGAGCCACUUCCCCAACUACUUCUGGGGCUCUGAGCUGGUGGUGGUAGGCCAGUUAGGUCAGGGAGAGCCUGAGUUCCAGGUACACUUGGAGGCCCUGGGCCCACACAACCACCUGCUCACAGCAUCCCAGAGUGAGGAGGCUGCCAGUGGCACCAAGUCAGCAUUUGGCUGCCUGUCCCAUGGGGAGCUAAGCCCGGGCCAAGGCUUCCUCCAGCGCCUUUGGGCCUAUGUGACCAUCCGGGGCUUGCUGGAAGCUCGCCUUGGGGCCAAUGACUCAGCCACCCGCAGACUGCUGAUGGAAAAGGCCCUCAACUCUCUGCAUUUCCAUUUUGUGAUGCCCCUGACCUCACUUGUAGUGAAGCCAGAGGAGGAAGCCAAAGGGGAGCAGGGCCCACCUCCAGCCCUGGCAGCCAUAGACCAGCCCACAGAUCCCAGGAAGUCCCCAAGACCUCCUACCCUUACUGGCCUCACUGAGCCCCUGCUCCAGGGGGCAAAAUUCACCACCACUUCACCUGGGCCCUCAUCUGCAGCCAAAGUGGGGAGCCCCAGGGUGAUCAAACAGAAUCUGACUCCACCUGUGCCUUGGGUGCACCUAACUCAUGGGGAAGCAUUGCCUGUGAAACCCACAGCAUCUUCAUUGCCCAAGACCGGCUCCUUUUCUCCUCCCAGAGUGGGCUCCAUCACUCACCUGACUUCUGUCACCCCAUCUCUCCUGACCUCCCCCCAAGCUGGAGCUCUAUUGCAUCUCAAACCAAGCAGUUCAUCUUGGUAUAAUCCUGGCUCCCUGGCUCCCCCUAGAUCCGGCUCCCUAACCACCCCUAAACCCAGCACCCAAAUUCACCCAAGUCCUAACAUCUUGUUAGCCUUUAAUUGGCCACUGAGCUCCCCAUCUCCUCCCAGGGCUGUUUCCCCAUCUCUCCCCAGAACUGACUCCUUGGUUCACCUAAAUCCUGACAUUUCAUUAUCCUCAUCUCUCCAAAAACAUGUUUCUCCAGGUCCCCCUAAACCUAGAUCCCACCCAAAUGUCAACACUCCAAACUCUAACUCUUCCUAUUUCCCCAAACCAAGCACCCUAUUUCCUCCCAAACUGGGUCAUCUUUCUUUCCCCAGAACUCGAGCCCCAUCAUCUCCCAAACCAAACAUCCUAUCCCAACACAAUCCAUCCUCCCCCAAAUCUAACACCUUGUCCCCCUAUAAGUCUAGCUCCCAGUUUCCCCCCAGACCUGGCUCCCCAGGUCCUCCAAAUCUGACAUUCAAUCCCCACAAACCCAGUUCCUCAUCUCCCCCUAAAACCCAAGUUCUGCCACAAUCUAACCCAAAUGUCCCAUCCCAGCAUACUCCCCCCAAAUGGGAUCUGCUAGCUUCCCAUGUGCUAAGCUCCCCAUCACUCCCUGGACCUUCCAUUCUGUUUGCCCAAAAUAUCACAGCAAGUCCCGAUUUUUCGAAGGCAUGGAACCCUCGCCCCUCAUCUGCCCUCCAACUUGGUUCCCCAUCUCUCCCCCAAACUGGAGAACUAUUGCACCCCAGUCUUCAUGUUCUUGCCCAGUCUAGUCCUAACUCCCAGUCUUCCCCCAGACCUGGUUCCUCCUCCCUCUCUAUCCUGAGCCCCCCACCUCCCCAUAACUUGAGCACACCUGAGAUCAUCAGUGUCCUCGUUCUCCCUGAGGAGCCAGGACAACUUCUGGAAACCCUGCGAGAUUCUGGAUUCUCCAAGUCCUUGCAGCCUCCAGCUAGCUACACCUUCCCCAACAGCCACAGCCAAGGGAACAGAUGUAGGAUUCAAGGUGAGCCUCAGAAAUCUCCAUCGGUUUUUACCUUCUCCUCUUCAGGACAAUUCCAGCACACGGAUCUCUUCGCGAAGCAAACAGUCAGUGGGGCUUGGCUAGAGAGGCCGAAUGGCCCCAACAUGCCUCUGGCCCCUGCCAUCCCAGGGAAGGCUUUGCUGUCUAGGGGCCCCUGCUGGAGGGUGAAGCGUCAGGAUGUGGAGAAGUUGCUGGGUAGACCCUACAGAGCCUUUGUCCUCUGAGGGGUGGCUGCUCCCUGCACAGAGAGAGAGACAGAGAGAGGAGCAUGUGCCAGGCCAGUCAGACCACCUCCAUCCCCUGGACCACCAUCUCUCUUCAGAGCCUGAUGGGACAGCUCAGGACCCUGAGCCCAAGGGCCUCAGGAAGAGCAGUGUCCCCCAGGCCACCAGCCCUGCUUCCAGGCCAGCCCUUACAGCCAUCAUUGAGCAGAAAUCCAUGUGGGAAGGGGGCCCACCUUCCUCAACACCACCAGCGACAACUGCUGAGCAACUGCAGGCAGAUACACAUUUACAGGACCCCUGAGAGUAGCAGCACUCUCACUGAUCCUGCUUUUACCCUGACCCUCAUGGCUGGCAUACAGAGGAAAGCAACUUCUAUGGAGAAGGGGCCAGCCAUCCCCACCAACUGCCAACCACCUGCCACCUACAGGGCAGGCAAGCCAGCCUGGCUGAAGCAGCCAGGCCCCCUGAGGGAGAAUAGGAGGCAGCAUGUGCCAGACCCCUGAGCCCAAGGGCCUUGGGACCAGCCAGGCUUCCAGCCCCGACCCUCAGCCAUCCUCCUGGGAAGCAAACCCUGGGGACAGCCAACUCCCUCGGGGGCUCCGGCCACAGCUCCUGAGGUCUCAGAAAGGGAAGUCCUGGCCAUGGUGCUCCAGUGGCUCCAGUGGCUCCACAGUGGAGCCUGUUGCCAUUCUACAGGUGACAUUAGAGAACAGGCCGGAGCACCUGCUUGGCUGCUCCACCCUAAGGACCCCGGGCCCUUGACUUCCAUCGGACUCCUUCCCCAAGUGUGGCCUCCCCCGUUAGAAUGGGGGCUCUUCGAGGGCAGGGACCGUCUGACUCUUCUGUUUGGAUCCACCCGGCUUGGCAUAGGGCUUGGCACACAGCAGGUGCUUAACAGAUGCUUCAUUCAUCUUCCUUCCUGAGGAGGCAAACUGGAUUUAAUGGGGAAAGGUCAGGAUUUGGAGUCAGAAUUACUUGCUACUUGGUGAUCUUGGACAAAUCCCUUCCCCUCCCAGGGCCUCAGUUUCCUCUUUUGUGAAAUUAAGAGCUUGUAUUAGAAGGCCUCUUCCUAAUCCUAUGAGCACAUAAGAUCUGGGUUCAAGGUCCACUACACUGGCUAAGGGGAAGUCACUACACCUCCUUUAACUUGUUUUCUCCUUGGGGCCUGGGGUUACCACAUGCAGCAGUUUGUAAAGACACUGUGCAAGAUCACAGAGCAACUGGGGGAGAAAGUAAAUUGU